GAAGCUGCCAUGCCUUCCGGGGGCCGCGGGCGGUCCCGGCUGCGGCUCGGGGAACGUGGCCUCUUGGAGCCACCCUCACCGCCCAAGCGCCGCCUGCUCCCGCGGGCGCACUUCUUGCCCCUGCUUCUGCUGUCCCUGGCCGUGGCCUCGGCGUUCUACACCAUCUGGAGCGCCUGGCACCGCCAGACUGAGGAGCUGCCACGGGGCCGUGAGCUGCGGGGCCGGUUGAUCGGAAGCCUCCCCGAAGCUCGGCUGCGGAGGGUGGUGGGGCAACUGGACCCACAUCGUCUCUGGAACACUUAUCUGCGCCCCCUGCUGGUUGUGCGGACCCCGGGCAGCCCUGGCAAUCUCCAAGUCAGAAAGUUUCUGGAGGCUACACUGCGGACCCUGACUGCAGGCUGGCAUGUGGAACUGGACCCCUUCACGGCCUCGACACCCCUGGGGCCACUGGACUUCGGCAACGUGGUGGCCACGUUGGACCCAGGGGCUGCCCGUCACCUCACCCUUGCCUGCCAUUAUGACUCCAAGCUCUUCCCAUCUGGUUCGACUCCCUUUGUGGGGGCCACAGAUUCGGCUGUGCCUUGUGCCCUGCUCCUAGAGCUGGCCCAGGCCCUCGACAGGGAGUUGAGUAGAGCCAAAAAGCAGGAAGCCCCAGUGACUCUGCAGCUGCUCUUCUUGGACGGUGAAGAGGCACUGAAGGAGUGGGGGCCCCAGGACUCCCUCUAUGGCUCCCGGCACCUGGCCCAGCUCAUGGAGUCUGCACCCCACAGCCCAGGCCCCACCAGGAUCCAGGCUAUCGAGCUCUUCAUGCUUCUUGAUCUCCUGGGCGCCCCUAAUCCGAACUUCUACAGUCAUUUCCCUCACACGGCCCGCUGGUUCCAUCGGCUGCGGACCAUCGAGAAGCGCCUGCACCGCAUGAAUCUGCUACAGUCUCAUCCCCAGGAAGUGAUGUACUUCCAGCCUGGGGAGCCCCCUGGCUCUGUGGAAGAUGACCACAUCCCCUUCCUCCACCGAGGGGUCCCGGUGCUCCACCUCAUCUCCAUGCCCUUCCCCGACGUCUGGCACACACCCCAUGACUCUGAGGCCAACCUGCACCCCCCCACGGUACACAACCUGAGCCGCAUCCUCGCCGUGUUCCUGGCUGAAUAUCUGGGGCUCUAGCCUCCGUGGCUGACUCUGAAGAAGUGCCUGGCCAGGACAUGCCAAGGACACAUGGAACCAGCUCAGGCCAGGCUUCCCCGGGGUAUGCUGGCUUAUCCUUUUCUUUGGUAUGGAUUCUACUUGCGCUAUGAUUGGAAGACCCUCUUUCCUUUGACUAUCUCAGGCUGCCACUCUUUAAAGACAUGGAAGAGACGAGAAGACUGUGGGGGUGGCAGCCGAAGAAAUAAGAGCUUGGACCCCGUCCUGGAGGAAGCACUUGGUCUGAAGAUUUGCGGGGGCCAAAGGCUGUUCUCAGUUUUAUAGUCGGCACACCUUGGACUGGCAUCUGGACCAGCAACACCACCCCCCCAAAUGAAUUCUCUGUGGCUUAUGUUUUUAGGUCCAUGGAUUGCUGUAUGGGAUCCACAGGGGAUGUGCUUAGAAGCAGGAACAGAGGAGGUGGAAGCCAAUAUUUGGGAACUCGAGUCGGCCAGACCCAAGGGCAAUGAACCAGUGUUUCUGUGAAACAUAUUCUACAGAAUUAGCCUAACUAGAUGUUGCAUGAAAAAGGGGAUCUAAGAUGCGGGGUGAGAAAUUAAGUGAGUUUCUUCAUUGCACAAUGUGAACUUUGAAGAGUAAGGCAGAAUGCAGUGUUGUUUCCCCAAAGUAUUUCAACGUGGAACCCCUAAAUUGGGGAGCUCCUGAACGAGGGUACCUCAGAAGACACCUUGGGAAAUGCUGGGUUUUGACAGUUGGAGUGUAUUUGUGGGAGGAAUGAGUAAGACGGAGUCACUGCCAAUGAGUUCUACCAAACAAUCCCUUCCCUUUCACUUGUGGGUAGAGGAGUGUGAGAUGGUGGGUGUCACCGCAAGUCUAAGUGAUGGCUUGAGGAAGUACUUCCCAACCCAGCUACGGUUCAGACUCAAGAGGGGGUGCUUAUUAAAAAAUGCAGACUCCCAGGUUCUACCCCAGACCUGCUGAAUCAGAACUCCAGGGAGGGGCUGGGACUCUGUAAUGAGCACCUGAGGGAGUCUCCCGAUCAGCGAAGUUGGGGACCUGCUGUCCUUAAGGAUACAGUGUGGUGCGUUCCCUGCGGCUUAGCAAACCUUCUCAAAAAAAAAAACACCAAACCCAUAAAAUAGGGGGCGCCUACAAAGGGAGACCUCUGCUGGGUUCCGUGCCUGCCGGUUUUGUGACUUCGAUGGAGUCCUGGUAGGCAGGGGGGAGGCCAGGCGAGGAUGGAGAGUGUACAAAGGUGAGCACUGGCCUUCCAAGCCAGCUUGGGGCUGGAGAAGACUCUCUUGAGUCUUCAUUCAGAGGCUGAAGCUCAGGAUCUCAAACGAGGGAGGAUAAACAGAAGGUCCUCGUUUGUAGUUUUCCACUGUAGCUGACAUGUAUUGGGCCCCUACUGUGUGCACUUGACACAUAUCAGCUCAUAGUCUCCGACCAAGUCCUGAGGAGGGUACAAUUUCCGUUCCCCUUUUGCAAAGGAGGAGGGCGAGGGCUGAGGGUUAUGACCCGGGUGUUUACAGAGCCAUGUGCUCCCCCCCAGCUGCAACUCCUAACCUCAUGUCCCAUCUCCCAGAGAUCACCUGUGCUGGACCAACAGAUGGUUGGCAGCGAGUAGCGCCUCCUGAGGCUUAAAUGACUACAAGCUAGAGCGAGCAGCGUUGGUGGGGGAGGGGGGAGACUAACGACCUUUAAGAGGUGGAGGUGGCAUGAGUCCCGCGUUCAGAACCGGAAAUUGACAGACCUCAACAGCCAGGGCGGCAAGGCUCCCCAACCACAGGGACGGCUCCUGUUUGUUCAUUUCUUGUGUGGCAGGCACAGUGCCAGGCACGUGAGAGCACCCCAUCUCCCCUUCAACUCACAGCCACCCCAAAAGUAGGUGACACCAUCAUUUCUGUGUUCAGAGACCGGGAGCCAUGUGCUGUUACGCCCCAGGCUCUCGAUGGGUCCCUGAAAGACCUCCCGCUUGAGUACUGCACACCAGGCACUGGGCAAGGGGGCCUGAUGCCCACUUUCCCUCUGGAAUCUGGGGCAGGGAUCGUUAGCCCAUCUCACAGAGGAGGCUGCUGCUUGGCGGGAUGUUUUCCCCAGCUCCCGUCUGUCCCCCAAACUUCACACUCUGAUGGGCCCCCUAGGUUUAUCUGACAAGCACAACGCCUGAGC